CCAGGCUGACGGUUUGGUUGUUAGUCAGUUGAUUCCCCCAUGGCUCUCAAGGCUUCCCCCGAACGUAAGGGACUCUGAUCGGGAGGUGAGAACGGUGAACCGCCAGCCGCCACGAAACUCGUCCACAGCCUCGACGACACGCACUUUUCGACACGCACUUCUCCGGACAGGAACGGCGAGCUGACAUGGCCCGCGUCUUCAGCCCGGUCUUCGUCUCCAAAGCCGGAACAAACGGCGAGAUGGUGCCCAAAUUCGACAGCCCGGUCACGCUCACCGUCGAUUACGACCCCCAGGGAUUCAGCGCCAAGCUCAAGAAAGAUCCUUCAGACAUGAAUGUGUUACUAGAAUUCCCUAUCCAUAGAUUCACUGAAUGCUCAAGGAUAGGACAAGUUUGUUAUAUAUUUAUGCUCGAUGGUGAAAGCACGCUACUUAGGUUUAAAGAUGAAUAUGAAAUGAAAAAAUUUCAUGCAUUAGUGAAUGAAGUUAAAAUUGGCAAAGGGACUUCGGUUUUCUCAGAGCGCACUGAUGAUUCAUCUGCUAUACAAUAUUUUCAGUUUUAUGGAUACCUUUCACAACAACAAAAUAUGCUGCAAGACUAUGUUAGAACAAGCACCUAUCAAAAGGCAGUACUUUCAAACAGUGAAGACUUCCGCGACAAAGUUGUUUUAGAUGUUGGAGCAGGCAGUGGAAUUUUAUCUUUUUUUGCUGUUCAGGCCGGUGCCAAAAAAGUGUAUGCUGUUGAAGCUAGUUCAAUGGCACAGCAUGCAGAAGCUUUGGUGGCAGCAAAUAAUUUUCAAGACAAGAUUAAAGUAAUUGCUGGGAAAAUAGAAGAAAUCGACCUUCCAGAACAAGUUGAUGUCAUUAUAUCAGAACCUAUGGGAUAUAUGCUAUAUAAUGAAAGGAUGCUAGAAACGUACUUGCAUGCAAAAAAAUGGCUAAAACCCGGAGGAAUUAUGUUUCCAAGCAAGGGAGAUCUUCAUAUUGCACCGUUUAUGGACGAUGCACUUUUUAUAGAACAAACUAAUAAGGCUAGUUUUUGGGUACAGACUUGUUUUCACGGUGUCGAUUUAAGUGCCAUGAAAGAUGCCGCAACGAAAGAAUACUUUCGACAACCAAUUGUGGAUACGUUUGAUAUGAGAAUAUGCAUGGCAAAAUCGAUAAGGCAUUCUGUCGAUUUCACAGUAGCAGAAGAAUCCGACCUACAUAAAAUUGUUAUUCCGUUAGAAUUUUACAUGCUUGAAACUGGAACUGUUCAUGGCCUUGCAUUUUGGUUCGAUGUCGCCUUCACCGGAACAAAUCAAACAGUGUGGCUAUCGACUUCACCGACUGAAGCAUUAACUCAUUGGUACCAGGUUAGGUGUUUGCUGGAGUCUCCUCUGUUUGCGAAAGCGGGUCAACUGCUCACAGGAACCGUCACUCUCCAAGCAAACCAAAGGCAAAGUUAUGAUGUAACGAUUGACCUUGCAAUCGAAGGUGUCGAUAAUCUGCGAUCUGUGAACACAUUAGACUUGAAAAACCCGUACUUCAGGUAUACCGGUCAACCUGUUGUCCCUCCACCAGGUACAAACACAAUAUCACCGAGUGAAGCUUACUGGAGUGCACUUGAUGCACAAGGUGCGAGGCAAGCUGUAAACAUGGUCAAUGGGAUUUCUGUGAACGGCCUUGGAGAAGUUUCAUUGGAUGGAACGGCAAAUCAGAAUGGCACUAACCUUAUAGGCCUAGUUUCCCAACCAAAUAUUCAUCCUGGUUCUAUUACAAGUACUGGAAGACAACGAGCAAGCACUUUUUGCCAGGGAACACAAACUCCAAAUGUCGCCGGAGUUGGUGGUAUUAUUACGCCAACAAUCUUUUCCGCUCCAACAGCAAGUCAACUUGUGAUAGGUCAGGCGUCACACUUCCCCGUGAACAACAGCUUAAUGAUUGGAGAUUAUGUUACUCCUGGUAACAAUGUUUUAAGUGUCCAUGGUUAUAGACAGUGAUCACUACUUAUUCAUAAUUUAGAGAUGAAAAUGCAGUGUCAUCGAAUAAAUCUUUGAAAUUAAAGUGUUACGAUAGAUUGUUCAAUUUGCAAAUUGUUAAUUUAUUAAAUGAAAUUAAGAAAAGCUAUGAACUCAAAAAUAAAAUCUAUAGGGAAUGAAACUUAAUUAGUAAGUUACUAUUGCCUUAAAUUUAAGUCACGUCCCACUGUUAUUAUUGUUAUCCACUUUUCUGUUUUUAUUUUAUUAUUUUUAAUUUUGUCUAUCUGUGGGAUAUUUUUGCCUGAAGUAUUAAAACAUGAGCUCAAUUAUAAUUUUAUUUGCUAAUUCAAUUCGUUGAAUAUUGUGUAUUUUUACACACACUUGUGAUGUAUUGUAAUUAAUUAUAAAUAGCUUAAGCCGGUUAGAGCAAAUUGUAUGGAUAUUUAAAAAAUGUAAACGUAAUGAUAACAAGACAUAUUUUGUUUAUUGUAUUUUACAUUAUUAUAUUUCACUGUUCCUUAUAAUUAAUUUUUUUAAAAUAAUUGAGUAAAAUGAAAUAUUUAUAAAGCCAGGUGCUUGAUAGUAAGAGAUGAAAAAUGUAGCUCUUUGGUAUUUUGUGUGUAUGAAAUUCCCCAUAAGGCGUAGUCGCCUCUGUGAUAAAUAGAAGUACGAUUUAUUUAGGCUCAUACCCAUUUAAGCAAUAGUUUUGAAUACAGUUAGAGGGUUUCACUAAUUUAGAGGUAGAAAUUAAUGGUUGUUUAGUGAUAAGAUUUCUUGGUCUUGUUUACAAUCAACACCUGGCAGUCGCUUUUAUUUUUCUAAACGACACUGAAAAAAUUUACAUAGUGCAAAAUCAUUCAGGUCCCACUAGGCAUGGAUUUUAACAUUAACGAGAAAAAUAUAAAUUUUCUUGAAGGUAUUUUAAUUUUAAGGUUGUACAUACAAAACAAUUUUUUGUGUGAUCAGAUCGAGUCAUUUAAUUCACGGUCGAUCAACAAAUUGACGAUUUUUUUGUUUCUUUUGAAAAUGAAAUUAUUUAUAAUUUAAAAUAAUGUCUCAAAUGCACAUCUAGUGAGACCGCUGCCUUAUAUUAUUUGUACAUUAUAUUUUUAGCAAGACCUUGUGUCUUAUAAUUUAGUUUUGUGAAUUAUAUUUAUAUUUGUGAUUGUUAAUAAUGUAAAAAUAGUGAAAUUUUUUAAUUUUACAUUAUGGUUUUGCAUGGCGUAACACUCCUGUAUAUAUAUUUGUGUCCAAACUUUCUUAUCGAAAAGCUUUCAUCUUUUAAAAUUUUUUAGACUAUCGACUUGUAAAUUAAUUAUAUGUUGGAUAUUUUUUAAUACUACAUAGAUUGAGAUCCAAAUUCUACAAAACACUGUAUAAAGAAUUUUUUCGAUAUUCGAGUGUAAUUUGGUUUUGCAAUUUGUAUUCAUUAGGAUUGUAUUUGUGUGCCCUUCAUACUUGAAGAAUUACAAUAGUUUUAUUUAA